AUGGAGACUGAAGCGCUCGAUCUCUUCUUCGACCUAAGGAACUUCCGUACGGCGGACCGGCCAGAAACGGACAAGGUAGCUUGCGUCCGGCAAACGUCGCCUUAUAUACCCGCAAAUCAAGGUGAGGGAAUGUGCGACGUGUUGCGGCGGAACGAUCCGGCGCAGAGGCGGAUGUCUCCAGGAGCACAGGGAGAUAUUCCCUCCGCUUCGUCAAUGCCAAGUGCAUUUACCUAUCCAUCCAACACUCCGUACUCGCGAUCGUACAUAAGAGACGCACUCGAAUUAGUGCCUAAAUACGAUGGGCACAAUAUCGCGGUUUGGCAAUUUGCUCGUGCCUGUAAAAGAGCGAAAGAAUCAGUCCCUCUUCUCGACGAGGCCCAUCUCGUUCGCUCACUAAGAAACAAAUUAACAGGACACGCCUACCUUGCCGUGGAGGAUGAGGUUCACCUAACAAUGGAUAAAUUUUUAGACACCUUGAAGCGCACAUUCGGUUCCGGUAGAACUGCUAAUUAUUACCGCGGUCAACUCAGCAUUAUUCACAAAAAGCUCGCCGAACAUAUACUAGACUACAUCGGGCGUAUCAAAGAUUUGACAACUGCGAUCAUAGAAGGAGAUCAAACAAAUUUCGAUCGUCAAUUAACGGAAAGCGAAAUAGCUUCAAUCGAUGCCCUUGCGUUAGAAUCUUUUUACGAGGGAUUGCCACGAGAAUAUCGGGUAGAACUUAGAGCCGAAGGCUAUACUAAUUUCGCAGACGCUUGUGCUAAAGUAAUUAUUAUUAAUAAACGAUUGGAGAGAGAGGAGGCUAGGGAAAAGCAAGCGCGUGCUUCGCGUACAAAUCAAAAUCAAAGUAAGAAUUCAGCGAACCCGCAAAGCAAUAAUAAUAAUAAUGUUAAUAAUAAUUUUGGUCCCUCUUCUGGAACUCCAGGUAGCACCGAACAGAAAAUUUGUAGCUAUUGUAAGCGUUUCGGGCACCUGAUUAACGAAUGUCGUACUCGACACCGGCAAUUUUUCGGAAAACCAAACAGAGGCCUCGGCCAACGGGACAUCCCGAGGCCCAGGAAAUCCUCGUCCCAUCCUCGCGGUGGAAGACCGCCCUUCUACGUCAUCAGGAAUUACACCGGAGAUAUUCCCUCCGUCGAGUUCCCUUCUUUUUGCGGACCGAUCGCCUUUAUGGUGGACACCGGAGCACACCCUAAUAUCAUUAAGAAAAGAUGUGUUCACGGUGACAUCACUAUUAACAAUCAAGAGAUUUUACAACUAACAGGCAUAACUGAAAAUGUCGUUAGCACGCUAGGCUCUAUCGAAGCCCAUAUAUUAGAAACUCCAGUAAAAAUUCACGUCGUGCCAGAUGAAUUUCCAAUGACGCAACAAGGUAUUCUAGACACGUCAUUUUUCAAAGAACACGACGCCUGUAUCGAUUACGCACAAAGAAAUCUGACUUGGCAUAAUUGCUAUUUUCCGUUUAGGAAAUAUGAAACUAUUGUUGUACCUCCGCGUACUAACACGGGAUUUGUAGUUCUAAUCUCAAACCCGGAAAUUAAAACAGGGUAUAUUCCUCGUCUAAAAAUUUGCGAAGGAGUAUACGCCGGAGAUUCGCUUGUAACUUGUAUUAAUGACAAGGCUUACAUACGAAUAAUUAGUACGCUCGAUCACGAGAUCGAAGUUCUGAUACCUACCCUGCGAAUCGAAGAAGUCGCUCAAAUUGCUGAUAAAUUACCGACCUCUACAGAGAUCGAAAACACUCCAUUAUUAAACCAGAAUUCUCCUGAAGAUAAAAAUCAUAAAUUAUUACAAUCCUCUAAAAAUAACAUAAUUAAUACUACUACUAAUGCAAACAACUACAUUAACCAAACAAAUGUUCCUAUUAAUACUAAUGGUGAUAACAGUGACGAUACAAAUAACACUGGUGAUAACGCCGCAAACACUAAUACUAAUACUAAUAACGAUGAAUCGCUCUCUCUUACCAAUCCUCCUAAUUUCUACAAUGCAUCUUUCGAAUGCACCUCUAUUACUCAAAAUACUCUACUCCAUGCAGAAGGCAUGCGAGCCCAGACGGGCCCCUUUCACAAAAAAGAAAGCGCGACUGCCCUCAUGGGACCUUCUUUUUCUCACAAAUCUAGCCCAAGCGGCAUCUACUCUAAUCCUACGCUGGCACCACAGAGUGCACCAGCUCCCUCCCUUGUGCCAUGCAGAGCACUCUCACAAGAAAAAGCGAUUCAUAACAUAAAUAAUAGUCGAGCAAUUUCUAUUAUAAAUACAAAGGAAAUUGCCGUUACUAAAAAUAAAAAGAUUACGCGUAGAAAUAUCACCAUCACUCAAAGUCGCACGAUAAAACCCAACGAAAAAUUUGAGAAUUUUGAAUUAAACAAUUUUAAAAUAAAUCCUGAUAGAGUAUCUAUAAUAUUACAAUCACUCCGACUUGAACAUUUGACUUCUCUCGAGCAGGAACACAUUGUCACACUAGUUAAAAAUAACUCAGAUAGAUUUUACAUACCUAACGACUAUCUCGGUCAAACUCAUGUAGUAACGCAUAAAAUAACGACUACAGAUGAUGUACCAAUACACACAAAACAGUAUCGAUUUCCUCCUAUACAUAAAGACGAGAUAAAUCGACAAGUAAACCAACUUCGCUCAAACGACAUUAUAGUACCUUCCAACUCUCCAUAUAAUUCACCUGUUUGGAUUGUGCCAAAGAAAUCUGAUUCAACGGGUAAUAAAAGAUGGCGAAUGGUCAUCGAUUACAGACGGUUAAACGAAAAAACAAUCGGAGACGCGUAUCCGUUACCAAACAUCUGCGAUAUCAUGGACCAACUCGGUGGUUCUAAAUAUAUGUCGAUACUCGAUUUAAUUAGCGGGUUCCACCAGAUACCCAUGGAUCCCGCCGAUGCGCAUAAAACCGCAUUUUCGACACCGCACGGGCAUUAUGAGUUCUCGCGAAUGCCUUUCGGUUUGAAAAACGCCCCAGCCACUUUCCAGCGAUUAAUGGACCAAGUUUUAACUGGCUUACAAGGGGUCGAAUUAUUCGUGUACAUGGACGAUAUCGUGGUAUACGCGAGCUCGUUACAAGAGCAUGAAAUAAAAAUGAAUAAGUUAAUGGACCGUCUGCGAUCCGCAAAUCUAGUGCUUCAACCUGAUAAAUGUGAAUUCCUCCGUCGCGAAGUGGCAUAUCUCGGUCACAUAAUCGGAGAAAAUGGCGUACGCCCAGAUCCGCAAAAAAUUUCCGCAGUACAGAAUUUUCCAGUUCCAAAGAAUAUAAAGUAUGUUCGGCAAUUCCUUGGAUUAGCCGGCUAUUACCGCCGCUUCAUUCCAAAUUUUUCGAAAAUCGCCAAUCCGCUAUCUAAUUUAUUAAAGAAAGAUGUAGCUUUUAAAUGGAACGAUAAUACGCAAGAAGCGUUUAAUACUCUAAAAAAUUGUGAUGUAAGGAACUAAUUUUGCAAUAUCCGGAUUUCAACCGCGCAUCCUUAUAACAGACGCAUCAAAUUUUGCUAUCGGUGGAGUACUAAGUCAAGGCGAAAUAGGCCACGACCUUCCGAUCGCCUACGCGUCAAGAGUGUUAAACUCAGCAGAAAAAAA